ACUACAAAAAGGAAGGACUGGGUUAGCUAACUAUGCUAAUAAUGCUAAAGCCUUUUUGAAGCUGACACAAGCCACACAUGACAACAACUGUAGGUAAUGUCGUUGUCUCACAAACAGAAGCGGGUGUGGAAAUACGUGGAUGAGGGUCGUUUGCUGAAGCUGAAGUCGUACCUGCGGAAGCACCGCGACCUGGAUGUGAACUUCUCCCAGGGCAGGAGGCAGAGGAGCCCGCUGCAUCUGGCCUGCUGCCGGGGAGACGACGCUGUUGUGCGGCUGCUGCUGAAACACGGAGCCGAUGUUCUCCAGAGGGACCGGAGAGGAGACACCGCGCUACAUGUAGCUGCUAACAGGGCUCUGAAACACGGGAAAACAGCCUUUGAUGACCUGGUUGUGCCUCUCAGAGAGAGCUGUCCAGAAGCUACAAACACUUCAAACAGUGCUGGAGUCACACCUCAGGACCUGCUGAACUGGAUGAAAAACAAAGAGACUGCAGCGAACAUGAGCCGUCCACCUGAAGUGGACCCUGAGAGAGAGUGGAUGGAGAAGCUGUUUGGUGAAUGCGAGGAUGAAUUCUGUGAAACAUUUGGAGUUUAUGACGCUGAUGAUUUUCUUCCUGUUGAUGACGAUGAGGAAGACUUUGGGGACUGGGCUGAUCGUAUUAGAAAAGAGUAUUUUGAUAAAAAACACGCAGAAGCUCAACGACUGGCAGCGUCGUCUUCUGGGUGGAAAAAGAGGAAGAGUAAAGAAGAGAGAGAGCGAGAAGAGCAAAGCAACAAGGAGCUGCACGAAAGGCUGCAGAGGGAACAUGAGGAGUAUCUGGCACGAGCAGCGCGUAAAGAGGAAGAGACUCGGCAGGGCAAGAAGCGCCGAUACGAUGAAAGGUGCGCAGCUACUUUCCAAGGUGGUUCUUCAGAAGGCAGCAAAAAGCUGAGCUACAGUGACAUCCCGUGGCCAGCGCCGCAAGGGACGGUGCAGGAGAUGGUGGAUGUGAUGCUGCACGGCGUGGACAGAAAGGACGUGCCGCUGUUUCGUAAAUUGCUACGUAAACAGCAAGCGCUGUGGCAUCCUGAUAAAUUCGCUCAGCGAUGUGAAGCUCGGUUAGAAGAGAAGGACAAGCAACGGAUCCUGGACACAGUCACGGCUCUGUCGCAGGAGCUCAACAGACUGGCUCAAGGUCUGAGGACUUAAAAGUGACAAUAUAAUCAUCUCAUGAACUUCAGAUAAAGAAACAAACAAAAUACAUUUUUGCUCAAAAACAAGGACUGUGGAUUUUGUCCCCCAUCACUUACAUUGUA